GCACAGGGUUGUUGUCUUGUAAUAAUUCUAAUUGAAGGCUUAUGGGAUUGUCGCUUUCCUUGCUUCUCUCUGCCUGGCAACAAAUUCUAAGUCACAGGUUUUUCGAUUUGGCUUACAAUGUUAGUCUCAGUUCUAAAGAUGGGGAGGUGACCUUGAGGGUAAACAGCUUCAAGAGAACAGAUUCGGAGACCACAACCAACUCGGUUUCUGGGUCGGACAAGAUUCAAAGGAAAACUCCAUUAACAUUGAAAACUAGCAAAUCUGAUGAGAGAAAUAUAGUGCUUGAGAAAACUUUUUCAUUCAAGAAUCUGGUUCAAGACAAAAGGAAGCCAUCGGGUUCUAGUGCUUCGAAUGGGUUGUUGCAUAAGCCAAUGCCCACGCUUUCACUGCCGGAACCGACGAUUUUGUUUUCACCGAGACCCGCUAGUGAGCUCGACGCGGCUGCUGUUAAGCUUCAAAAGGUUUACAAGAGCUACCGGACUCGAAGAAACCUUGCCGAUUGUGCCGUGGUGGUCGAGGAGUUAUGGUGGAAGGUAUUAGACCUUGCAGAGCUCAAACAAAGUUCUGUUUCGUUCUUCGAUGUUGAAAAACCUGAAUCUGCCGUUUCACGGUGGGCAAGAGCCAAAACAAGAGCGGCAAAGGUGGGAAAGGGUUUGUCCAAGGAUGAAAAGGCCCAGAAAUUAGCCCUUCAACACUGGCUUGAAGCUAUUGAUCCGAGACAUCGAUAUGGGCAUAACUUACACCUAUAUUACGACGUUUGGUUCUCAAGUGAAAGCUCUCAACCUUUCUUCUACUGGCUGGAUGUUGGAGAUGGGAAAGAAGUAAAUCUUGACAAAUGUCCAAGGAAGAAACUACAACAGCAGUGCAUCACAUAUCUUGGACCAAAAGAAAGGGAAGGAUAUGAGGUAAUAGUUGACAGCGGCAGGCUGGUUUUCAAACAAAGUGGGUCACCAGUGAAUACAACAGCAGAGCGCAAAUGGAUAUUUGUCCUCAGCACAAGUAGGGCCUUGUAUGUGGGUAGAAAGGAAAAGGGUACAUUUCAACAUUCGAGUUUUCUAGCCGGCGGUGCCACCACCGCAGCCGGAAGAUUGGUUGCUCGUGAUGGAGUUCUCGAGGCUAUAUGGCCAUAUAGUGGUCAUUAUCUCCCAACGGAAGAAAAUUUCAUGGAAUUCAUAAGCUUCCUUGAGGAAAAUCAUGUGAAUCUCACUAAUGUUAAGAGGUGUGCUAUCGAUGAUGAUCACCCAUAUGGGCAACCCCCGGCUCCUUUGGUCGGUUCUGAUGAAACCAGGAAGGUUGAUGGUGGUGAUGGAGGUGACAGCAUGAGGAGGGUGGAAACAGCCAAUCAUGACCGCAAUGAAAAGAUUAGAACUAAUCGUUCCAAGGCGCCAACACCAGUCGCCACUCCGGCUAAGAGAUUAUCAUUCAAGUGGACCACAGGGGUUGGACCCCGCAUCGGGUGCGUGCGCGACUACCCCACUAGUCUGCAGUCAAAAGCACUCGAACAAGUUAAUCUAUCACCAAGGGUUACUCCUGGAUUCAAGUUUGGUCCAAUUCCUUCACCAAGGCCGAGUCCAAGGAUCCAUCUUUCCCCAAAGAUUGCAGGCAUGGGACUGCCUAGUCCAAGGCCCAUAACCACAAGCUAACUAAGCCACUUCACUCAGUGAGAUGGACUCAAAAGAUUUACUGUCCACCCCCUCUAAAGCACUGCUUGUGCAAAAGGAAGAAUUGGAGAAUCUAUGCAAGGAGGAAGCA